AUGCUAAUGAAUUUUUUAGCAGGUAUCUUUUUGUUGUUAAUUGUUCAAGCGUUUGACUAUGUAAGCAGUCAAGAGACAAAGCCAAAGAAGGGAGGUAAGGAAGUUUUGCUUAUGAAGUGAACUUUAGCUCCUCACAUGCACGAGGAACUUGAAGAGGAAGCGAGCAGAUUUCAUUCUUAAUCUUGCGACAUCUCUAUUUUUUCCUUUAAAUUUUUAUCUUAUUGCUGCCUAAUUGAUCUUCUAAUACAUAAGUUUAUAGAAUUCUGCGAAAAGAUUGCUUUACAUGUAAUUUAUGGAAGACAAGCCUUGACUAUAAAGAACAAAAAGCUUCCAGUUUUGAUUUGGCUGUUGCUUGGUUGACAUCGAUCAAGUUAAGUUGUUGAAGCUCUCAUCACAUUUCCUCGUAUUGUGCGCAACGACAGAGGCAAACUUUAUUUUAACUAUACGCCGUGCACAUCGUUAUUAUUGAACUGUAAUGUGCCGUUGAUCGCAAAUUAGUCUUGAACUUGACCGCCCGUUUAUUAAACGAGACAACAAAUAAACUUUAAACCACUUGUACCCCCUCAUGCUUGCGAACAUUUUAUUUAUUAAAAAUGUUGUAUGUUUCUCUUCACUACUAAUCUUCGGUGUGAUUGGCUAUCAAUAGUUAUUAUACGGCCAAGUUCUCCAGUGCGCGUUCAGGCUACAGUAUUAUACAUCAUGUGAAGAUUGACUUUGCAGGUUCAUGAAUGUGGAAUGCUCUUUCGGGUGGUGGUUUAUACAGCCCUGUAGCCAUUUUAUCCCCUUUUCUACGAGCUUGCCCUGCAAGUUUGGUUGAGUUGGAACCCUCCCUGGUUCUAAUAUACAUUGUCCUCUCCAUCCAUCAUCUCAUUGUCUAAAAGCAUUAACAGUAAAUUUUAGAAAUGAGCACAACCUAGAGAUUAGUUAGUUAUCUGACUAAUCAGAAGGUCGCUUGGGCAAAAUUCCUAGAGGAAUGUCAAACCGUGAUUGGUACAACAAUGAGUUUGUCAUUAUUUUUUUCAAACAAUUUUUUAAUAAACAAUAAUUAUUAGAUUUGGUUUUUGGCAUCUCUGGAACAGUCAAGAUCUAGGCAACUGUUCCAAGCUGAGGCUGAACUUAGCUCUGUUAACCUUGAAUUUAUUCCAGAGAUCACCAAAACAGAAUGUAAUUAUUUAAUACAGUUGAACUUCCAUGUGUGACCACCUCUUGUAAGCGACUGCCAAUCCAAAGCACCAAAAUUUUCCUAGUCAAAGCCUCACAGUUGGAACCUUUAGUAAACAACCACCUCCUGUAAGCAACCACGACCACUUUUUGGGCCUGACGGUUAAUGAUUUUCCAUUGUUUUUAACCUCUUGUAAGCGACCACUUGACGCAUUCUCUGAUCAGUUUGUUUGCUGUGAGUUAUGCUACUUAGAAUACCGUAAAAUUCCGAAAAUAUGCCCUGGGGCUUAUAUUUUUCAAAGGCCCUCUUUGAGGGGCUUAGUUUUGGAGGGGCUUAUCUAUGGAGGGAAAUUUGCGUCUCAAAAUCGAUUGGGCUAGCCUUACAGGUGCUGUAUCAGAGGCAGCUGCAAUAACAUCGCACUUUCAACAAAAUUCAAGACUAUGCUCACUUGGCCGACCAUUUAACCCUUUAUGAAUAACAUCCUAUUUGCAACUUAUAUCUACGCUUAUUCAGUUGCUAAAUUUUUCUUAACUUCUAUUUCAGCUUCAUUCACACUUGAACUAAAAUCGCCGCAAAAUGUGCAUAUUGGUGUUAAUGAAAAGCUUGAGUUGAACUGUACCAGUAACAGACCUAUCCGUGAUCUACGUCCUGCAAAGUUGUUAUGGCAACAUAAUAAAGUGUGGAUACCUAAUAAUACUUAUGUUGUUGAUGAUUACACUGUUCAGCUGAAGAUAACCAAAACUAGUUAUGGGGAUGCUGGAUGCUAUAGCUGUGGAUUAUUUAACAUCUCAUCAAAUUCACAUAGCACUAAUUCAGGUUACUCACAAAAUGUGACUGUCAUUGUGGGAGGUAUGUUAUUCCUAGUAUAAUGGUGCAAACUGGGUAGCCUAACUAUUGCUUGCCAACAGCCUUUACAUCUUAUUGUUUAGCAGUUAUUGUGACACUGCCAUGUAACAUUAAUUGGCAUCUCUAAAGUAACAUAACCUUAUUUUAACUAUAACAAAAUGGGCAAUUUCAGAAAAAUCCAUACCAUACACAGCUUUUCAGGAUUCCAAGGACAGGGUGGCGGUGGGGGGGGGGGUGGGGGGGGUGGCGUCUUCGAACUGGGAAUCUGAAGGCAUGGGGAAAACUUAUGUCUGGAAUUCUGAAUGCAUGGGGGAGGGGGGGCGGGGUUAGAUCUGGAAUUUCCACAGGGACAGACAAGAGUGUAUUCCUUGAAAAUGCUUUUUUCAUGGACUUAAAAAAUAAAGCAUAAACUGACGACACUGCUGACAACUGCAGAAGCCAGAUGCAAGACAAGCAUUUAUCGAUCAGUGACAUUGUGUUGUUUAUUAGUGGAAGAAAGGUGACAGGACAUGGGUUAUACAUCGAGCUCCAGGGGCGUUAAUGCUGAAAAACAUUUUUCUCUUGUCAUAACAGCUUCCUAAAUAUUUUGUAAUUCAAUGCAAAACAUGGCCUUUUGACUGGGGAUGCCGUUUUAGUUUUUGAAGCUCAUGGGAUUAGGAGAAACUGCUGACUUGGACGCCUUAAGUUCAAGAUGACAGAAAUAUAAGGACACUCAAUAUCUUCCGUGUGACGCACAUUCAUCACAAGAUAAUUAUUCUUUUUUUAAUGUUUGGUACGAGUUUUAGGGCAAUGUAAAGUUAGUGUAAGUUUUACCAGUUGAACAGCGGUAAGGAUAAAACUUCUCUGUUUUUUUUUAUUAUUAUUUUCUUCGUAGAAUUUGCCAGAGUCAUAAUGAUUGCCUCUGCUGAUUUGAAGUACAGAAUAAAAAGGUUAAUUUUGAAAUAUUUUUGCUGUAGCCAAACUGGGCGUAUUCAAGAACCCUGUCAGUAAUUCAGAAUGGUUUGACUUAAAAAUGGCAAAUCUGAACAGGAGGGGGGUAAAUGAUUAUGGAAUUCCAAGGUCAUGGGGGAAAAAUGUAUUUAUGAAAUUCUGAGGGCAAGUGGAAGUUAAAAUAUUGAAGCCAUCCGUGGUAUGGUAUGGAUCUUUUCUGGAAUUGCCAAAUUCUCGAAUCUGAUUUUGCCAUUAUUAGCAGUCCUGAUUUCAGCAUUAACAGCGGGGACGGUGUGAAUAGGACAGUAUUCAUCAUGCCUAAGUACAGUAGUAAUUGCACAAUAUCUGCCAUCGUUUAGAAAACUCUCAGAAUAUGUUUUUUUUAUUAUUUUGAAAAAGCUGAAAUUAUUACAAAUUUUGUUAUAUAUAGCUAUGAUUAAUAGAUAACAGAACUUCAUGUUGUCCUAUUUGCUCGGUAAAUCAUACUUGUCAUAAAUCAAAUUGGACCCCUGGUAUAAGGUCAUCCAUUUUUGUUGAUGAUGUAUAUGACAAACUUUAAAUUAUGUGAAACUAUAAAAUUUAUUGAUUCAUGGAUAGACUUUGUAGCGCACCCAAGUACACGCUCCCACAGUGUCUUGUUUAUUUAACAAUAACUACUUCAUUAUUAAUAUUAUUGCACUGAUCUUCACCAGCCAAUGAUGGUGUGAACUGAUGAGUGCAGAGUACAUUUUGCAUGUCUCUCACGACAGGUGGGUUUUGGUAAUAUUGUUAAUUGCCCUCAUAUUCUUAAUCUUUAAUAUUUGCAGAGAAGCCUAACAAACCAAAUUUGACUCUUGUGAGUGUUUUUGGAAGUCCAGUCCAGGAGUUGACUCUACAGUGGUCAGCAAAAGGCAGUGCUUCUUAUGAACUGCUACUUGGUCGAGUCAAAAAUGGCUCUGUCCCUUGUUCCUUUGACAACAUGACGGCCAUUUCCAUUAAGAACUUUCGGGGAAGCAAACGUGAUGGAUUCCUGUCCUACCAUGUUACAAGAGAGGACCUUGGAAAACUUUUUACUUGGGACGAGUUAUACAGCAAGACAUUAGGAAAUUGUGUUCUUCUUUUGGGGACAAUUAAAAUGGGAUCAAGGUGUGAUCGAUUCUGUGCAUAUGUUGUAGCAAAGAAUGGCUUUGGAACAAUUCAAUCACAGUUACAAAUAUGGAAUUUAGUUGAUCACGGUAAGACUCAGAAAUAAGGGAUUCCAACAUGCAUUGGCCAAUUAUGAUAAUUAUUGUGAAAAACCUUCACAUUUUACAACUACAUGUACAGUCGACUCCCGAUAACUCGAACCUUCAAGGGAAAUCGAAAAAGGUUCGAGUUAUCGGGAGUUUGAGUUAUCAGGAGUUCAAAAAGAAUAGCCGAGAGUAAGGUAAAAGACAGUUCUUACUGCACAUCGAACAUUUUAAUCACAUUUAAUUGUAGAAAUGUCAAGUGAAAAUUAAAAGAUACUUCUAGAUUAUAAAUCAGAACGUAACGUAACAAAACAUAGCCAAAAUAGAGCAUGCGUUUUACUGAUUUGAGAAGAAAAGUUGCCUCAUGUUAGCCUGUGACAAUCAACAUCAGCCUCCACUAGUAAACUAUACUCCUACAACACGUCAAUAGGAAAUCCAAAAUUCAAUGUUUCGGGCGCCCGUAGACGGCUUUUUUCCCAACUUUUUAAGGGCUCAAAACAUGGUUCAAGUUAUCGAGGGUAAGAUUAUAUAGAAAAUGACCUGAGGGGAAACGAAAAUUGGUGCGAGUUAGCGGGAGUUCGAGUUAUCGAGGGUUCGAGUUUCCAAGGGUAAAAUUACAGUGAAUGUAUGACGGAAAUCCAGGGGAAAUCGAUUUUGGUUCGAGUUAGCAAGGGUUCGAGUUAUCGGGAGUCGACUGUAGUGUGUAAUUUAUUUUUUAUGACAGUUUUUUUUUCACAAUUUAUGAAUAUUGUAGUCAUUUUACGCCAGUGGAUAGAUACACAUGGUAUAAUUUACUCAUUUAAAUCUAAAAGUGUACCAGUGACAGUACAUCAACUUGGUUUGAAAUGUGUAACAGCUAGUUGAUAUUGGCAGCCAACGAUUGACAACUAAAAUACCGUAAAAUGAUAGUUUUCAGAGAAUUAAAGCUAUUAGGUAUGAUAUUUGGUAAUAAUAUAAUUUAUAAUAUUCAUCUGGGACAUGAUGGCACAACUUCUUUAAGAUGGAAGAUGUAGGCAGCAUAGCUUGCAGGGGCGGAUCCAGGAUUUUUCUUGGGAGGGGGUGCACUAGUCUCUUGCUCUACUUCAACACCAAUAAACCACAUAAGUACCAGUUGUGAGACCUCCUGCCCCUAGACCUUGAGCUUUUCAAUUGCCCCCUAACCUUAUUUUACUGUGUUACCCCUACAAAGUAUUUUUUACGCUGUAAGAUUUUCUGUCCCUAAUGUUUUUGUUUGGGGCAAAAGAGAACAAUGAAUGGUUUUGUUCCACUUAUAAAUAAAGUACCUCUUACCAAUAUGCCUCACUUGCCCCUAAUAGAGGCUGAUUGUUGUCCAUUUCACUUUGCAAGUAAAAUUUUAGAUCACGAGUUAAUGAAUCAGUUUGUUUUCUUUUUUUGUAGCAAGGUGUCCCUCCCCAGCCAAUCUGAGUGUGGUCGUCAAUGAAGACAACAGUAUGAAGUUGAGAUGGCAGCAUCCUUCUCUAGUUUCAGGACCAGUAUACUACAAAAUUGUUGACGUUACCGUAACAUCGGUUCUAACUGGAAAGGUAAGCAAUCAUUAAUUUGUAGUUUGAAUCGUUUCUCUAAACUAGUUGUGAUUUCAAGGUUUUGUCCUGUCAAAAUCAAGUUUAAUUUAGCUUGUAAACCAAGGACCCCAACCAAACACCUUUUUUGCUUUCUGCCGGCCUGAGAAAAUUAAUAUUCAAGUCUUUUACUCACAGGAAAAAAUAACCAAUUCCCAUUUUUGGAUAUUUUAGGGUAUUUAAAGAAUACCCAGAAAAAUCCCAAAUUUGGAAGAGUGAGGCAAGUCCCAAUCAGGGAACUUGGUUGGGAAUUCCCUGGUUGGAACUUGUCUCACUUUGCCAAAUUUGGGAUUAAUAUGGGUAUUCUUUAAAUACCCGAAAAUAUCCAAAAAUGGGAAUCCGUUAUUUUUUCCUGUGACUUAUUCUACAACUUCAUCAUUAUGCCACCCCAGCAGCACUGCAGGGCUGUCACUGAGAUCAUAAGGCGGGUAAAUAUAAAUCUAGAAAGUUCUUUUGGCUCAGUUUUUCUUUUUUUAUGAAAUAGCUAGGGAAAUCCCGGCCCUCUGUCCUUAGUGGUAGCCCUGGUGCUACCAGCAAUUAUCUUAGGAAACUCCAGUCAUCAGUUUUUAUUGUACAUCAUUAAUGCAACCUUUCAAAUACCUGGUGAGACCAACAGCAAGUUCGAUGCAUCUUAAAAACAUGCAGUAUGCUUUUUGUUAAAAAUCAUUUGAAGUGUGUAUGACAAAAGUCAUAUGUGUGAAAUCUGCAGACAGAUUAAAAUACUUAUAGACAAGGUCAAAAUUCAAAUUGUCAUUACAAAGUUCAGAAAGGAUUAGUGACCACAAGUAACAAAUUCAUUGAUGGAAAAUUUAUUCCCCCUUUUGAUUAGGAACUGGUCAAUUCAUGAAAUGAAUAAAAUAAUGCAAUUCAAAUUGGGUCUUGAUUGGACAAAGAAAUGUUUAUUCUAUUUCUCUGGCAGAGUGUUUUCUAGGAAUUGGCCAGUGAGGACCACAUUAGGCUCUCUUCUGAAAUUGUAGAGGACCCUAUUUCAAGACAUCCAAGUGCCAUUUGUCACACUUACAUUAAUUUUUUAUUAUUUUUUUGUGUGUGUGGCAAUAUUAUUUGGAGGGAAUCCCACACUCUAGAAUAACCCCUGCUCAGGUACAGUGUAUAACUAGCUUUGAAUUCAUAGUUUGCCAUGAUGUGGACCUUGCUGCCUCUUAGUGGUGUAACAAUUAAUCGAAUUCUUGAUUAAUCGUGAUUAUGACCGUUCGGUUCAAUUCACGAUUCUUUGCUUGAACCACGUUUCAAUUUUGCUUCGAUUUUUGCAUACCUUUUCCAGGGUGCCCUCAGUGAGUUAUUAUAUUGUAAGAUCAGAAUCCAGAACUCUUUAAAAUGUGCGUUUUUUAUUGACGAGCAAAGGCGAUAGCAGUUCAUGCGCCAUUUUGUGUUGCCUGGUAAAAAUGCUGUCCUUCAACCACCUCUCGAAAAUUUCCAAAUAAGGCAAACCAUCUUUGUCAGGUUCUCAAACAUGGCGACAAACCAAGCAACUGUGAAUCCUCCUAUCCCUGUUACUAUUCUCAAAUUGAGGGUUUAGGGUUGCAUGUUGUUAACAUUACAUGUUAUGUUGUAAGAAUUAAGAAACAUUUACAUAAUCAAAUUGAAAUAAUUGAAAUUGAAAGACAAUAAUCAAAAUCAAAUUGAAUUGCAAGGAAUAUGAAUCGUUACACCCCUACUGCCACUGUACAGAGGAAGCACCAUUUCGUAUCGUGUGGUUCCAGAAAAUAUCCAUACCACCCCCACGGAAAGGAUCGGAUUUUCCAAGGGGGAGGGGGGGGGGUCAAUUUGCCUAAUUUCCCGUGGGGAGGGGGUGCACCACAGGGAAAUAUUUCCAGAGGGUUCUCGCAAUGCGUAAGAGGGUAACAAAGAAAAAACAAAAAUUUACCACGACUAUUUAUUUGCGGAGAUAUAAAACACAACGAAAGUUAAAGAGCUACUAAACAUAAGGAUUAAUGAACAUAGCGAAAAGUGACCUCUCAUGCGAAAACUUCCUUAUGGUUUGCCGUUUUUGAACGGAUGGCCGUUCAAACAGAUUUGGUAUUCGUUUGAACAGCUCAGGCUAUCUGUUCGAAAAAAAAAAAAAUUGUCAUCUGUUCGAAUGGCUUGGGCUAUCUGUUCGAAAAAAGUGUCAUUUGUUUGAAUGGUUUGUGCUAUUCGUUAGAACAGCUUGGGCUAUCCGUUUGAAAAAAAUUGUCAUCCAUUUGAAUAAAAUUGUCAUCUGUUCGAACUGCUAUGUCAACCUGUUCAAAAAAGAAAUUGUCGACUGUUCGAGCAACUGAAGCUAUCUGUUAGAAGAUAAAUUUUAGCUCAGUUUCCAUCCAAAAACAAUUUUGUCGCCAGCCAUUCGUGUAGAACGAUCUGUUAUUCUUGAGUGGUCACGUUACGAAGUUUGUUUACAAACUCAUCAUGAAUACUGUCACGGAUCUCUCUGCUCCUUUGUAGCCAUCUUCGCUUUCAUAUUAUCAUUUGAUGAUCGACAGUAUCGACAUACGCUUUAUUCAAUACUUAGGAAUUUUUUUCAACAAGUUUCCCGAAAAUAAUAUGCCUUUGUAGUUUAUGAGCCAGCACGAUGAAACUUUCAUAUUCCUUGCAUGUCGAGAACGCAAACAUGAAAAAAAAUCCUUUUAAUUGGAUAUAUGCCUUCUUCAAAAAAAAUGAAAGUGAAGAAUGAUCAUCACAGUAAAUUUUCCAAUUUAAGCAACUGGAAAGAAGAAGCCUGAAAAAAAUCAGGACUUAAACGGGAUUCGAACCCGUGACCUCCGCGUUGCCGGUGCAUUGCUCUACCAACUGAGCUAUGAAGCCACACAUUGGGAACGAGGUCAAUGUAGUCCUGAUUUUUUUUUCAGGCUUCUUCUUUCCAAUUGCUGAAAUUGGAAAAUUUACUGCGAUGAUCAUUCUUCACUUUCAUCUACAACCGCAGUUCAAGAAUGAAUUAUUUCAUAUACUUCACAAACCUUCUUCACUUGACUGUUUCUCUGUCACAGAGAAGUUACAAAAACUCUUUUCCAGCACGGUGCAGUUUGCGUGACAGUUUUCUUGCAAUUCCCAUCAUGUUUUUGUACGUACAUCUUAAAAACAGGUCCUUCUUAUCCUUAUAGACUGUUCCAGCUCCUGCCUUUCCCUACUUUGCAAUUGAGGCUGCAAGUCAUACCAUUGAAGGUCCAGAUAUUGAGCCUUAUGCCACUUAUAGAUUCGAGGUAUGCUGCUGCUUUAGUCCUGUUUGUCGGAGAAGUGCAGGACCAUCUGCUUAUACAGAAGUAGUAUCCCCUGAAAAAGGUAAGUUUAUAGUCAUAAAAAUUAAUUUUUGCCCUUUCGGCAAAUGAAGUUUCAUUAACCAACGAAUAUUGUCAGUAGACUUAAUGUAUUUAAAAUGUUAGAAUUAUUGGCUGAAGCAGGGAAUCAUAUAAUUUUGUGGCAUACUCAUUACUGAAGGACUUUGGCAUCGGUAGAAGGAAGGCUAAUUUCUUUAAAUGUGGUGUUUAUCAAAGAAAGCAUUUUUAAGUGUUAAUGAUGAAGAUUCAUUUUCCGUGGGUCAAUGUUCAUUUGUGCUUAUAGAAUAUUAAUAAAAAUUUGAUUUUGAGGUACAAUGUAUGCUUAAAAUCAGGAACAAAGUUUUAGGCUACAGUAAAAAAAUCGGUACUGUAGAAAUGCACACAUUUAUUGUAUUGUUCAGCAUGCACUUGUAAACAAACAUGCUGUGAGUACAGUGUACAGUACCUUUGUUUGGGGUGCAUGGAGAAGAUAAAGGAAAUGAACGCAAUGACAUCAAGAAAUGCUUCCCAAUUGUUUGCAAUAGUUUCACUUAAUAGUGUACCACAAUGUUGAAAUGAUGAGCAUAUAUUGUAGAAUGCAACCUGAGCUUUUAGUUCAGCAUUACCCCUGUUGUUAAUGCCUCGGAGAACAAUCAUAUCAUACAGAUGCAUUCUGUACAUAUGUUUGUAAUAUGCAUCAUGUUUUCUUGUCACUGGCAAGACUGAAAUUCCUGCACAGAUCAAUAUGGUAAUAGAUACUUCCUUGGUUCUUUUCAAAUUCUGAUAAAGUCCAGUAAGUAAACAUACCAAGUUUAAAGGCGUUAAGGGGCCGACCACUUAACUCUUGAGGGAGGGGGUGGGUAAUUUUGAAAAAACAUUUCCUGCAAGCGCUUGUCGGAAGAAAAAAAUUGCAUGCAGCACAAAUGUAAUAGAAAGCUUAUGGGAAAAAAAAGGGAAAAAAAUACCCUGCCCACCAGAUUGCCAAAAAAAAAAAUUCUUGACCACCAGAAAUCACCCACCCCUCCCCUCAAGAGUUAAAUGGUCGGCCCCUAAGUCCAAAAAGAGCUAAAUUGUACAGAUGUUUGUGUGGUAGAGCUAUAUUCGCUGUACAGCUAUUUCGAGAAAGGUUGUCGGAUAAAGUGCACGCGACAACCCCGAAAGGUAAUUUGGGUGGUUUUGAGUUCACUGCUUUUCAAAGAAAUUUGAAGUUUGCGAGUGCUAAAGGAAAGCAACAAGUUAGUAGGCUCGACAGUUACAAUUUCAGGAGUAGUGUAUUGGGUAUAUCCCAUAUUACCUUACGGGAUUUUCGCGUGCACAUUUUUUCCGACAACCACUCUCGAAAUAGCGGUAUGUCUAUAUGUCUGUAGCAAACCACUCUUAAACUUGGCAACUGUACUUGUUUUAAGGCAUUCUUUCCAGCAGGGUCGAAAGAUUUUAGCAAACUGUUCGCAGUCAAAAGAUGAAAAAAACGUGGGUCUAUUUAAUGCUUGUCAGUAUCAACAUAACUCUUGGACUGUUUAAUCCUACUAGAAAUCGUUGCAGCCCCAUCCCCUCCUCGUUAGGUGUUAAUUCCCUUGUUUUUCCUCUUAUCGCCCUCCCAUUCAACUCCCAAACCCUUCCUUUGGCUCUAAGGGCUGACACUGGUGGUAUGGUACAUUAAGUUUCAACUAGAUACUUGAACUGCCAAAGUCGUUACUUAAGAUAUUGAAUUUGUUUGGGUUUAGCACCAUCUGGCAAACCAAUAUGUGAAGUGAGAAACAGGUCAUCGGAUGGUCAAGCCUAUGUUAUGGUGAAGGUGAGAAAUCAUUUUGCUCUUACUUUAAGUCUUGUGGCAUCUAGAUCCAGUCUGCAUGGUUUGUUAUUUUCUCGCCAGGGAUCAGUGCUAGUUGUACAAGUGAUAUUUUUUACGAACCCAUUCGCCUCAAGAAAUUUAGGCAAAGAGUAAGGCUCAAGCUGUUGAGCCAUUUUCUGGUCACCUUUUAAUGUUCCUAGUCCAUUAAUUAUAUUGCUGUUUAUCACCAGUAGCUAAAUCUGGAAGAGGCAAACUAAAUGUGACUUUCCUUUGUGCCACUUGUGGCCUGAUGAAAUAGUGUAAUCUUUCUUAAUGUUAGCCAUCCAUUACUGGUGCACAGUUGCUGGUUCCUUUAAAGAUAACUAGAAAAACGUGUAUCACAGAACCUUGUGAACUUGGUGAUCAUUAUCGCGUAAUGAAAUGUUAUUGGAUUUUAUUUUUCCAGAUUCCACCAAAGGAAACGUGGAAUGGGAUACCCAAGAGAGUAGCUCUCCAGUAUGGGAAUCAUCAGAAGAUCAUCAAUGUAUCCCAUGAGGAAUUAGUACACCUCAACAGAUCAUUAGAAAUCGUAAUACACGUAAAUGAUCUUGAUGUACACUCCAAUUACUCUGUUACUGCGGCCUUUUGCACUGUUGCUGGAUGUGGAAAUUACUCCAGCCCGUGCUUUAUGUAUGCGGGCAGCGAGGACCCCAUUCUGAAAGGUUAGCCGAACUAUAGAUAUAGAGAGUGAACCUAUAGUCAACUCUCUGACAGUCCCUAAAAUGUACAGCUAUAGUUUCCUGCUGUUUAUGAGUCAUUUUUCUUGUUACUCUAGAGGCUUGAUGCCUCUUUGACUGAGAGAUGUAAUGUUGGACACUCGGUGUUGACUGUAUUCAGAUAUGAAACGAAGUGAAUUGUACAUGUUCUGGCUCAAAAUAAAUUAAAAACUGAUAAAUUCCAGCUUUUGAUUUAACUUAUAAAUAACAAUUAUUCACCGAAGUGGAGGUGUUGUUUUAGUAUAUACUAAAACAGUGAGAAAAUUGAGCACAAAAAUAAUGAUUUUUAACUCAUUUACCGAUUACAAUCUUGGCGCGCAAUGACCGAACGGCCACGGUCGUCGCUUUUUCUUGCCGACAGUUAAGACUCGUGAACACUGUUUUGAAGGCAUUUGUUUAGCUCUUGCGGGGAAAUUUCUUCAAAAGGAGUUGUGAAUUCUUUUUUCACUUUAAAAUAUUUGUGUAAAAAAGAUUAUUAAAUUUAGUUUUAAGCUUGUUUAUGACCAAGUCAACUAAACAAACUAACGCAAGACUUAAGAAGCUUAAUUUGCAUUUGUAAACAAAAAAAUUUUUCAUCUGUUUUAUCGAUAAAUUCAAGUAAAAAAGGCAAAGCUUUAUCUGGUAAAACUUCCAAACCGAACUUCGUCAUCUUCGUUGUGUAUUUCGGGAACAGCUUGCUUGAUUAGUUGUGAAAUUUCUUUGUUUGUUACGGCAGCAAACCGGGAAGACAUUUUGCUCGAAACUUACGCGACUUUGGCGUCGCUUGCUCGGAGGAACUGGAGGUGAAUCAGUGAAUAGGUUUUUAUUUUCUGAAGGAAAAAAGAUGUUGCAGCUUGGAGCAUUUCGUGGUAUUCAGCUUAUUCCUAUAUAAAAUUUGUAUACUAAAUUAGUAUUGCAGUUGGAGUGAUAAGGCACCUAUGUCUACAAAGAGUAUCCUGAAUGUUCACUUAUUUUAUUUGCCCAAGUGUACAGAAUUUUUUUUUUUUUUUUUUUUUUUUACAAAAAAAAAAAAAAAACCUGUCUCAAAUUUUACACGUCUGACAGGUUUUCGUAUAGAGGUUCUAAAAACUAGGUUCUUAGUAACGGUUUUUUACCGUAGGGGUGCUUGUUAAGAGAUAAUUGGCCGUUUAACAUGACACCUGCAAAUUGCUUUCACAGCGGUUACCACUAACACGCUCCCUCGAUGAGUUUUCUCCUGGUUUUUUCCCUGUGUUGAAACCCGAGUUUUCGUGGACGUCAAUCAACUGUUUCUAUGGUUUUCUGACGAACUCAGACAGAGACGGUUCUCUCAUCGCGGUGAAUGAAGGGCGAAGACUGACAAGGAUAAUUUCGAUUGACGACCGCGUUUUUAAUUUUUAUUUCAUUAACAUGAAGGAUUACAUUGUUAAAACAAAGAGUUCUUUGCGAGCUGAGUGAAAUAGCCGAAACACUGUCAAUAGUCAACGUCAAGGUUUUCGAGUUGUUUAUUUUUUUUGAUUGUAUGAAAACAAGGGAGUCGUGGACGAAUUGCCAAGGAGCAUAAAUUCAAAGAAACGAAAUAUAUACACUGACAAGGGAAAAGAGUUUCCUCUGAAUGGAGGUUGUUUUCGAAAAUGAAUUUUGUAACGUGCAGAUCUACUUAGCAUUCAGGUUAGGGUGUCCAGUUCCUGUUUUUCCCUAUGUUUUUUUAGCAUAUUCCUAUUUUCUCUUAUUUUUAAACUAAAACCUCCUAUUUUUCCUAUUUUUUAGCUGGUGAAGCCAAAAUUUGUAACGAAGUUGAAAAUGGCAUUAUAGUUGCAUGUGUUUUAGAGUGAGAUUUAUCAUGAAGCAAGUAGUAUGUUGACUUUGAUGUUCUAAUAUUAGCAAACAUAAUAGGUACAUUUGUUCUUUCUAUGACCUCUAUUGCCCACUAGAGUUGAUAGUUCUCGUGACUAUUGGAUAAUAAAUUGUGGAAAGCCCACUGAAACUGCAUUUCAGUAUCUGUACAUGUUAUAUCUUGAAGUCUUAUUCGCUUUUAUGUUCAUCUUUGAAACUGAAAGCAGGAUCAAGUUGUCCUCUCACCCCACAGGUCAGAUAAUCCGAUCAGCUUCUUGUUUAGAGAACCAAUUACUAGCCGGAUUCUGUAUGCUACGUGAAAAGAACAGACUCAAAUUUAGUUUAUGGCACUAGUUCUCUUGGUGAGCUCUUGUUAAUAGUGUACGUAAGCAACUGACAGAGGAUCCAGUAUUUUGGUUCAGUCAUAGCUAUGCAGAGUGUUGCGUUCUUCUUAGAACUUAGCCAUGACAUACUUACAAUCUGGUAUCAAAAGAUCAGUGUCAUUUUGCGUACACCACCGAAAGCCUGGUUCUGUACUUAAAACUAUGCAGUAUUUUGACUCGAACAAGCAUGUGCUCAACCAGCUAUUGAUUGUAGAUUAAUGAAAGGAAAGCUUUCCUUAGGACUUUUUAGUCCUAGUUCGAUAUCUGUCAAUGACAACGCAAUCGUAAGAAAUUUCACUCCUCGAACCUUUUCAAAGAUUUGCCGCCAACUUGAAGGGAACUUGCAUAUGAUUACCUCUGAUUACAGAACUGCGCUCGACCUGUAGUCAAGCAUAUCAUUCUGAUUACAGCGUAAAUGAGCCAAUAAACUAAACGUUACUGAUCAUUUUCACUCCCUCUAAGCCGUGAAAGUUGAUCUAAAUCCUGUGAACGUGGAAGCUGAGGACGCGUAGCCUUUAUUAUAACCCUGAUGGGGUGCAGGGAGGCUAUUAGUACUAUUGAUUUUCCUAUUUUUCUUCCAUUUUUUAAUGCAAAGUUUCCUAUUUUUUCUAUUUUCCCAAUCCUGAGUUUCCUAUUUUCCUAUUUUUUUUUUGAGCAACCAUGCCGCUGGACACCCUGAUAGAAUCCAGAAAACUAUUAACUGACUCGCAAGUUAACUCAGAUGAGUUACGAGCUAGUAUUGAGAAAGCUUAUGUGGUUGUAACUUACAGUGUGUAAAUAAGUUGAUAAUUUGAUUUUCCUCCGACAACAACUCAACAAAUUCGUACUCCUCGUAAUCGGGACAUGAAGCGGCGUCAGAUCCUAUAGCAAAAUGUUGUAAAAACGUCUUAAACGCUGAUAUCAUCCUCCGAGAGUGCUCUAGAAACGGGGAAAAAAUCUUCACUUGGCCAUGGUAACGGUUGAUUGACGUCCACCAAACCGUAGGUUCGAACCGAAGAAAAAACCCUUUGAGGGAUCGUGUUAGUGGUAACCGCUGUACGUUAUAGUCACUGGGGCAGCAUUCCCAAGGGCCCUAGCCCCAGUUGUUCAAAAGCUGGAUAGCACUACCCACCAGAUAAAUUACUGUAAAAAGUAUUCACUAUCCACUUUUUGAACAACUGGGGCCUGGUGUGUGUGCUAGUACUCUUGCAUUAGUGUUCUGAAACAAGUUUAAGCAAACGGUGUAACAUGGUCAGUUCCAUUGAAACAUUUCCAAACUUCUAAUGCAGUCCCCAGUUGUUAAAAAGCUGAAUAGCGCUAUUCAUCGGGUAAAUCACUAUCCAGUGGAUAAGUAUUAGGGAAACCAAUUGCACUAUCCACUGGAUAGAGAUUUAUCUGUUGGAUAGCGCUAUCCACCUUUUGAACAACUGGGGCCAGAACAGUUGCACAAAGAGUGGACUUGCCGUCCAUCCCUGUAACACUCGCUAAGGUUACACCCCUAUACUCACUAUUUUAUGAUGCACUGCGCAAACCACUCAACAGGAAAACCAUCCCCGAUUAAGUUUUGAUUGUGGCAACUGAAAGAUUCAACGUGUAAGAAGGACGUGAUAUAAAAGUACUCCAUGAGAACAGUGUGUAAUGGAGCCUUAAAGGUUAAAAGCGAGCGUCCACUACUAUAAUGCGGUGCUGUAAAUUAUUGCUUGAUCUUUUUGAAAUGCAGCAGUUGAAGGCAUGAAGAAGAAACAGUUGAAAACAUGGAAGGUCGUUUCUGUUGGAGUUGGAAUCUUUGUUGGACUUGUUCUUGUCCUGUUAUUCUUCUCCUUGUGUUGGUUAAAGCGACAAAGGUAAUUAUUGUUAUAAUUAUUAAACUUUGCCACUGACUUUUGCAUGUGAUUAGCUGAGAAAUAUCACAGACUCAUUUCACUGACCUUAGUGUGUUCACGCUUUCACUAACCGUUAGAGAAACUAUAUAAACUUGCUAUUUUUUUUAGUAAGGAAGCAGACCAGGUACGCCAGGGUGGAGUGUAAGAGGGAAUUAGACAUGUUAGGAAACGUUCCGUGAACACGUUCGUAUCAAUAGAAUAUGUUAGAAUGGCCCUAUGGUUAGUAUUUAUAUGCUGUUAUUGUAAUCAUAUUUUAAUUUUUGAAUUACGAACCCACUGCAGAUUGAGACAUGCUAGCCUAUCAACGUCUCUGAUGGUUGGCUUUCGCAUCGGUCUUUGCAUUAGCCUUCGCACGAGGAGCUCUUCUCCUGACUUGACCUUGCCACUCGCUUACCAACAAACAAGCUUCUCCUCCUAAUUUUUGGAGCUUUUGUUAUAAGUCUAUUUUUUUUCUAAGUAUAUCUGAAUCACCAAAUGAAAAUGUACUUUUGAACAGUAGUGUUCACGACUGCCCUUACUCUCCUGUUACUUUUGUGGACUUGACCUUACUGUGUGCGGGUUUUCACUGUUAAUUUUAAACUGAAAACAGGGCAGGUAGUUAGCAAGGCAGGCAGGCAGACAGGCAGACAGACAGUUCAGAAAGUGUUGCUAGCAGGAGGUCUCCAGGUAGGGUAGUGUAGUGUGUGUAUCAGAAGGCUUACACUUAGUUAGGCGAACGAACGUUAAAAUCUCCCUCGUUUUACAGUGAUUUUGUUACCUCUGAGUCGUGCGUCCCUGAAGCAUAAAAAUCCCCAAAUACGCAAAAUAAUUCAUGGCAUGCUUCCUGUAGGACGCAAAAAACGAUCGAUUGAUUUGAGGAUUUUUGGUAGAAUAUCCUGUUCGUGUGAUUUCUGUGGCAGUUAUUUAAUGAAGCAUAUUUAUUUUAGUCUUUUUUGUGCUUUAAAUAUCUAGAAGGAGUAUAUUUUAUGGACUGGGACUCGUGAUUUUUCACAAGAUGAGUCCCAGGACUCAUCAUAACUAUUUGCAACAAAAUCACUGCGUUUAGCACUGUCAUCCUAGAAUGUAUGUAGAUGAGCAGAACUCCCCCAAUACUGACACUCCCACAAGAUUCAUCCUGUAUACUUUUCUUUCCUUUCUGACCGUCACGCUGUUUUCACAUUUUUCUUGUUUUGUUAAACCCUUUUUUCCCUUAACUCUUUAAGCCCUAAGAGUGAUCAGCAUCAAAUUUCUCCUUGUAAUAUCAAGGCUUUGUAAAACAGAGUGGUGAUGAGAAUUACGGACAUGAUCACACAAAAUGAAGUUGCUUGAUAUUUUAUCAACUUCUCCCCACUACUUCUGUAGAAAAUGAAUAGGGGCAACAAACGAGAAUUCGAAUUUUGAUGUUUAUUAGGAUUUAAACGGUUAACGCUUUCACUCCAAGAGCGAGGGAUGGGAUCUUGCAAUAUAGGUUGCAUUCCUUUAAACCAAACCUUUUUUCGGAUUUAGACAAUCCAGAUUGUUUGGAUUUUCCUUUUAGCCGGAACAAAAAUCUGAAAUAAGAUUGAUCCAUACAGUAGCUGCCUGCUGCUCUGAUCGUCUUCUCAAUUUCAACACAUCGUUAUUUAUUUCUUUCCGCUAAAUUAAGCGUCUUCUCGUGGAGAAAUGGAAAGAAAAAUAGCUAUUUAACUAGUGGUGGUUCAUACUGGGACUCGUCAACUUGAAAUUAUCUUAAAAUUGUAACUAUUUAUUUAGAGGUACUCAGACCAAUAAAAUUGAUAAAACAAACACAAAACAAAACGAAUUUGAUUCAAGAAAAUUCAGGAGACAAUUACGAAUUCUCAAGCGCUGAGAAGCGCGUUCAAAACUCACACACACAUUGGACAUCAUAGUUUUACGGUGAGAAGAUGCAAAUGGAUUGAGAGUUACAGGAGAACUUGAGUUUAAUAUACUACAAUCCUUUAGCGGCAUAGAACAAAGAAGGAGUGUAAAUAUCUUUUGCCUGAACUAACCUUGACCCGCCGUGUUUAUCGAUGAACGAGCACGAUCGUCGAUCGAAAAGCAGUUUCGUUAAAGAGAAUAAAAACCUGAAACCACAUUGAGAUACCAGUCUGAACGAUCCAAGCGCGGAGGUGGAUCGUUCAGAUUUCAAUCCAUUAAGGUUUAGACCUUAAUCGGACGAAAAAUCCAAGUUUGGAUCGCACAAUCCGGAUUUUGAUUGGUCAAAAAGAAUGCAACCUAUAGUUCUAACUUUACUUGUAAGCCUGUGGACAAAAUCCCGCGGCGUGACCAUUCAUUUGAUACCUCCUCGGCAGUACGUUCACAUGGUUUUAUUUUUCCUUAAACAUUUUACAAAAGGAGUAUGGAAAUUUUGAGAAAUUUAGAUAUUGGCCUCUUUUAGGAGUGAAGGGGUUAAAAAAAGAAAACAAUUUAAGUAGUUUCAUUGCCCAAAAAUGGAAAGUAUUCCAGUAACUCCGUCUCUCGCCUUUGUCUCGGAAAGUGAAAAUUACACGUAGUGACGAAUUUUAAAGUAUCCAUCAUUUCUACUCCGAACCUCUCUUUUAUUUUAGCUUGAUGUUUGAAAAUUCAUUUCUCAGGUCGAGAAGAACCAGGAAUAUCCAACCGCUGGGGACGGUUUUUAAAAGUUCUUCGUUAAAUGUAAAUAUAAAAACUUUCACUCUUAGACUUUUCGUGAUCGUAUGUCUUCCUCUCACAUUAAGGCUGCAUGCGAGAAAUAAACCUUUUGUUGCCCAGGGUAAACCAUGGGGCUACUUUGGGUGACUAAUAGGCCUGUUUGGAAUUUACUAAAAUUGAUACUCAGCACGGAGGCUGAGGGGUAUUAAACAAACAAAAUGCAUUGAGAUUUAGUGUUCUCAAACUCAUUAUUAUUCAUGCAGUCAGUCUUCACCAUUUGGGUCAAGUGGAUGAAUCUUGAUACCUAAAUGAAACACCAGAUAAAACACCACCAUGUUUUUAUCUCAGAUGGAUCAAACACUUCCAUGUUAAUCAGCUGAUGUAUUGGUUAACACGUCUCGUGGAAACAAUGGAAUACCAGAGAAAACAUGUCGUUGCAUAAUUUGUCAUUGUUUCAUUUGAGACGACAUGAAAAAACUCGGACUUCUUGCUUCGAUACUGGUUCCAAACACCACGAAACAGAUGAAAGCACUCGGCCUACGGCCUUGUGCUUUCACCUAUUUCUUUUGGCAUAAACAACACUCGAGCUAUUUCAAAAUUGAUAUUUCAGAAUAUCACUCGUGUUAUUUAUGCCAAAUAUCACUAAAAUCAUGCUAUUACUUAUACUAAUUUCUUGGGAGCGAUAGUUCGAAACAGGCCUAUUUUUACGUUUUAACCCAGUUUCUUGCGCAACAAAAGAGCUGUGUUUUUCUCCCUUUUUUUAGAUGGUGAUCUUUUUUAUAUAGAUAAUACCUGUUAUUUGUAUUACCGGGUAUGAAUAAUGAUACUGAUGAUGAGGAGGUUUUUUCAACAAGUGUGUGUGUGAGGUCGGGGAAGGGGGGAGGGGGGGGGCGUUGUAGGAAGAAAGAGUUUGCUGGCACUAAUUUCGUUUUUUUUAUUUUUUUACCUCAGAGCAUUCACGCUUAUGAGAAUCACGUGGAUGACGGACCAAAGAUGUGCGAAGAAUCUUCAAAUUACGACAGAUUACGAACUGGUUCGUCAUUGUUGAAGGACGAGGACUGCACUUUAGGAAACAUCUCUGUGUCAAAGAUAUGAAAUUGACAUGCUUGUAUAAUUUAGAAACUAAAGGCGCUUUUCAAAAGUCAGAACUGGCCGGCCGGACCGUGGCUGGACCAUGGCCGGACCAUGGCGGGACCAGUCAUUUUGAAAAUGAAUAGGCUUUUUCCAAGAGCUUUUGCUGUUAUACUACUACAUGAGAAAUUUCUGCAAUUUGAUUGGCUUAGAGCAGUGGUAUUUCAGCUUAAUUUGAAACACCUACAUGUGAGAAUUACAAACCUUUUGCGGGUAGUAAUAUAAACAAAUAAUAGCACGAUUUUGUGCGUGAUAUUUGGCGUAAAUACCACUCGUGAAAUUUCAAAAUUGUCUCAAAUUUCACUCGCCUAACGGCUCGUGAAAUUACGUAUAACGAGUCUGAAAUAUCACUCGUGGUAUUUAUGCCAAAUAUCACUACAAAUCAUGCUAUUACCUAUACAAAAACCAUCUCCCUCAAACAUGUCUUUUAGGUUUUGACUGAACUGGCUGGAUACUUUUGAUUAAAAGUGAAAUUCUCAUUACUACUGGUGUGGUCUGGCCGGUCAGUUCUGAUAAAUGGAAGCACCCUUGGGAAAAAGGUAAUAGAAGUUGGUGGUAAUGAAACCAGGUCAAAGGCUAUGUUACUUGUGUUUCCUUUCGGAACAGGUCUCAUUUUAGGGAGGAAUUAGGUAAUUUCACGCCUAGUCUAGCUCGUAGGUACCUAGUACAUAAUGCCGGUGCUGAUGUUACCUUCAAGAGUUUUCAAAUACGUUAGAGCAUCUCCUACAGCAGUCUUACAUGUAUUAUUAUUGGAAGGCUUUGCACUUGAUGACAGCGUCUUUUGUUUGCUUUACAUUUCAAUUGGUUGGUGCUGCCAGUGUCUGUUCUAAUUGUCCUGUGUAAUAGGCCUUAUUCUUAGUUGGCAACCACGUGACAAGGCGUCUAUGUUGCUUGAAAAAACAAUGCAUUUUCCCUUAUUUUCCCAAAAAUUUACUUUAGAACAAGAGUUUAGUCCCUAGUGGAAGAAAAAGCUAUUUGCAUUUGCCAGCCAAUAUGGCCGCCGUGGGAUCAACUGCAAACCAGGGAUUUGUUUCGUUGUUUUGUAGACUGAUGGCUAAACAUAUGACGUUAUUCAGCGGAAUGUUGUCUUUUAAAAUGGGACUUCAUGCUGGUAUAUGAUCUUAAAUUCAACAAGACAAAGGAAAAAAUCCCCUAAGAGUAUAUUUGAUCUACUAUUGGCAUUUAUCGUAUAGAGCGGAUGAGGUCUUUUAUUCUGUUUUUGUUUGAAAUUUUGGUGACAAUAGACAGGAAACGUCGCCAACCGUCGUUAACGGUCAGAAAAGACGUCUGUUGAAAAGUGCCUUUUUAAAUUGUACUUCCACAAGUUAAAAAUAGUUGGUAACAACUCUAAAGCUUUUUGUAUUUUUUUUUUUUACCCUUUGUCUCUCACACGUAUUAGUGACAAUUAUGGUUACUUUUAGGGAUUUUUAAUGAAGGCUAAUUACACAAUAAGACCACGAAAGAUUUCUGGCUUUUGUCUUUUUUAGUGAAAUAUCUUAGCGGUUUUUUCAAUUCGUUUUUAACUUUUAUAGGCGGGCCCAUUUUAGUAGUAAUUUUGUGAAGCAUUUGUUAUAAAGAAGACUAUAGAAUCUCACCGUGUAAAGGCUCUUUAGGCAGCAUUUUGCAAUGUAUUUCUUAUUGCAUACAGUAGAUAGAAACUCCUUUUGGCAGCUGGUACGCCGGAAGGUGAGGAACCGUGAGGGAGAGAGAUUCCGUCUACUCCCGCAAAAACAAAGUUUUUUCCAGGGACCAGACAUUAAUUAGGAAACAUUUGGUGUAGGUCACGUGAUUUUUAAUUAGCCAAUGAUUCUGCAGGUGUAAAGCCAGACGAAAAAUUUACCAGAGUAAAAUUUUAAAACGUAAUAUAUAGCCGUCUUCAGGGCCGCAAAUUAGCAACAGAAUGGGAACGUCAGUUGGCGACGGCGCGCGGAAAACAAAGACUGGCUUGACCAAUGGCAGAGCGACAAAUUGGGGACCGGACGUCGUGUAAAGUCCUUUACUCGCGCUUUCCGGUCGUCAAAUGACGUUCCUGUCCUGUUGCUAAAUCAUCCUCCUGUACUCGUUACUGGGCAAGCCCGACGGAGGAAGUAAAUUUAUAAAAAUUCCAACCGUGUAACUAUGCAAAACAUUUGUUAUACAGUAAAAGCCCACAUAUAAGAGCCUAGAUUUUUCAAGGACAGGCUGAACAGAUUCUUAUAUUAUUUAUAGGGUAGUUUUUCACAAUUCAGGCUGAUUAGAGUGUUAAUACAUUCUUAUUUUUUAGAGGUUGUCGUAGUGUAACCAUUGGCAGAAGUGUUGUGCUUCUAAUACAUAAUGGUUCAUGGAAAACAGAUUUCUAGUGAAAAUCCAAACAAACGUAAAUCAAAGAAAACAUAUGCACCAUAACUUUUUGUCAGAAGUUUCUCACACAAUUAAAAUACGGAAUUUUAACCAUCAAGAAUGGUGUGAUUUAUUUCUGUAAGAACCUAUUUUUCUUUUUGAGGCUGAACAGGUUCUUAUACUUUUAGGUAUUUAAAUGACAAAUUUCAGCCUGUAGGUUCUUAAUUCUCUAGGUUCUUAUAUGGGGGCUUUUACUGUAUUAGAAAAAUGAAUAUGUUGUUUGUAUUCUUCAGUAUUGCAUGUAUUAUUAUUUUGUUUUAUUCCGAAAGAAAUCAAGAGUUAUAUAUUUGUUUAAUAAAUGAUUAUCAGAUAGGUUGGUGGGCUUUAUCAGUUUAAAGCGACCAAACAGAUCAAGAGUUAGAGACGUUAUUUUUGUCAAGUCCUUAUAAAGGCUCUGAACUGGAAUAUUAAAUAUUAGGU